AUGGCACCCACAACAACAAAAUCCAAGUCGAACAUCCGCAAGCGCAAACCCCGCACUCGGAAGAACCACCGUGGUGUUCGCACUCGCGAUGGCCAUGCCCGUAUUGCCGAAGCGGGGUCCCCAGUUCAGCCUUUGACGGAGGUUCUCAACGUCUCCGAGACGAAGAAGCGUUCGAAGCCUAAGAAGGCUCGCUCAGUCCCGAUACCUGUUUCUGAUGAUCCACUUGAGAAGAAUAUUGUUGAGGGUGUCGCCAUGCUAGCGGGAUACGUCUUCGUCCCCAAAGGCGACGUCUACAUCACCCGCCACUGCCGUAGUAAAACAAAAGAAGCCGGGAAAAUUGUCUAUGUUAUCUACCACCACUCCGGAAAACGCACACUGGGCAUCCGCGUCCCAGAAGAGAUCCACAACGAAGUCCUCGACUCAGCAGCCGCAACGAAAGAGUCGCGUGCAAAUGCCGUGCAACUCCGUGACGCUAAAGAUCUCUCCAAAGCACGAGCACUUUUGAAAACUGAGUUCCCGCUCAUGCCCAAAGAUACCCUCAAAAUUGUUCUUGAGCAUGCUUUUCUCAAGGGCUCUGGGCGGGUUGGCCGCACUGCUAUGAUUAGUGAGGAGAAGAAGACCUUGUUGGCUGUUGAGGCGCAUAUUCGUCAUGUGCACACGCCUUACGAGAGGUUGCUCGAUGAGGGGGUUGAUCGGAAGAAGGCACGGGAGCAGGUCUGGGGGACUAUUCAGGCUAUUGAGCGGGCUUGGCAGGGGAAUGGGGAGGGGGAGAUGAAGUUGGCUUUACGUUCUAAGGAGUGA